GUGCUUUAUAAAAAAUUGUACAUUUUAAAUUGUUGUUUACCUAAAAUAUGGAUAUAAAUAUAAAUUCAUUAAUUAGCAAUGAAAAUACUAAACUGACGUUUUAAGUGGAAAUGCAAUUUGAAUUUAAAGAUGAAGUGAGAAUGUUGUAAUUAACAAUUAUUUAACUAUUUUAUUAGUAGGAAACAAUUAUUUUUAGCAUCGAUUCCUGUCGAGGCUGUCGACCAAGAUUUAAUUUUGGCGCGUUUUUAAUCGAAAUGCCACGAUACGAUACGAGACGUGCAGGCGCAUGCGUGCUGGACUGCUGGUGUGAACGCGUGUGCGCGUAAUGGCGGACGGCAGCAAAAAGUAAGUCUAGCAUUUCCGGGGUGAUUCUUGUUAAUUUCGGCCGUGGCAACAAAUUUUUCAAAAUGAAUUGUUACGUUGGCGUUGAAUUCCAGAACAAUGGUGGAAUUUCUCUUGUUCACUCUGCCUGGUUAACACCGCUUAAACGAGAAGUCUUUUGGCCGCCAAAACAGACAACCGGAAAUUUUAUAAAAUUAUUAAAAUCUGGACAAGAGCCUCCCCAGGAUAACAGCUGGAAACUUCACCAAAUUAAGCGAAUUUUUUUCCAGACUGACGACUAUAAGAUUGCGGAGAAAAAAAUUAAAAAGGCUGAAAUUACCUCAGAUUUAACUACAGAUGCUGAGGAAUCAGCAAUUAUUUCACCUCGAAGGAAAAUACGUCCAAAGAAAUUUUCCACUGAUGAUGAGCAGGAAGAAGUGCUGUCAUCAUCAGAAGAUGAUUUUCCAAAAAACAAGAAACCUCUACCUAGACCAAAACCAAUAAUACGGAAGUCUAUUACAAACAUAUUAUCUGGUAAUGAGAUUUAUACUUAAAGAUAUCUGGCACAUAUAAAUUAUUAACUGUCUACUGUUUUAGAUUAUUCUGGCCCAAUUCAAACUUUUCCAUUAGCUUCAGCUGGACAAUCGCAAAGGUCGUUUGAGGAUAGUGAUUCUACAAAUCAACUUUAUUAUUUGCCACCUCAACAUUCAGCAAAAGAUACUCAAUUGACUAAAUCUUCAGGACAAAUUAUUAGAGGUUCUGCGUCAAAUCAGUCAUUUUGCCAGGCUGCUGUUUCGAACUCGUCACCAUAUAAUCCGUCAACUAGUAAAGCAACUGAUGUACGGAGCAACAUCAGAGCUGUAGUGGAAAGUAAUGGAGGUAAAAACCAAAAAAUAAUGUAAAAACUGUUUUGGUACUAAGGUAUAUUUUGUCCAUGCCAGCAAACACUCAAGAUGAUGUAAUCACUUUAUUGAAGACCAUUAGAGAACAGAACAAUCAAAUUUUGCAGUGGAUCCGAAAACAAGAUCGCAGUGGCAAUCACGCCAGUAAUACAGAUUUACCAGAUGAUAUAGGCGUACAGUUUCCUUUGAAUUCUCAAGAGGAUAUUACCAAAUUGGAAACAUACCUGAGUGAAAAAAAUAAUUGCCUGGCUUUGUCGGCAUAUCUAUCGACUUUUGGAGGGAGAGAUUUUACUGGACAUACAAACCGCAUUUUAAAUUUUUUGUUCACUUAUUCUCUUGCAACUAAUUGGAAUUUUUGUGGCAAACGAGGUGAGAAAAAGGCUUUUAAAAACUUAAACGUAAAGGAUGUGAUUAUUGGUGCUGUAAGAAAAAGCUCCCCUCUAGUCAGUCAGAAAGAAAUAGAAGAUACCAUCAAGGUGUGGUUGAAACAUGCACCAGAGAAAUUGAAAAAGCAGCAGCAUGGCAACCCGUAAGAAAAAAAGUGUUGUUAGUCAAAGACAACUCUACAGAAGGGUGGCAGAAGCAAAUUUAGCACCUGUGAGUCAGAAUUGUUAUAAUACAUCUUUAAUAGUUAAUAAUGAUUCCAAUGAAUCAUCAAAUUCCGUUUUUUUUGCUGAUUCAAUGUGUGAAAGUGAA